CCGGGGCUCAGAUUGUCUGUGUGAGAACGAAGAAGAAAGGACCAUGGGCUUUCUGCUGCUGAUCCUUCUGGCUCUGCUAGCCUCUGUCCUGGGGGGCUUCUACCUCCUGGGGGCUGUCAGGCAGCGUCGACCCGGGGAACCCCCCCUGGACCGGGGCCCCAUCCCCUGGCUGGGCCAUGUCCUUGAGUUCCGCAGGGACACAGCAAAGUUCCUAGAGAGGAUGAAGGGGAAGCAUGGGGAUAUUUUCACCGUGCAGCUGGGAGGAUUCUACUUCACAUUCCUUAUGGACCCUCGGUCCUUCGGGACGAUUGUGAAGGAGGCCCGCACCAAACUGGACUUCAGCAAGUUUGCACAACAUCUGGUGCAGAAAGUGUUUGGUUACCACUCCGACCACAGGUUUCCUCAGAUGUCCAGCAGCAAGCACCUGAUGGGGGACGGUUUAGUUGUCAUGACACAGGCUAUGAUGAGCAACCUACAGAAUCUGAUGCUGCAUAGUGUAGGGACGGGGGAUAAUAACCAUAUGCCCUGGAAUGAGGACGGUCUGUUCAACUACAGCUACAACAUUGUCUUCAGGGCAGGUUAUCUGGCUCUAUUCGGGAAUGAGACACCAAAAUCCACAGAGAGCAUGGAAAAAGCCAGAGAGGUCGACAGAGUGGAGUCCCAGGAGCUCUUCCUUGAGUUCCGUAAGUAUGACCAGCUCUUCCCCAAUCUGGCCUAUGGGGUCCUGCCUCCAGGGGAGAAGAGAGAGGCGGAGAGGCUGAAGAGGCUGUUCUGGAACAUGCUGUCAGUGCAGAAAGUGAAGACCAAGGAGAACAUCAGUGUCUGGGUGCGCGAUCAGCAGCAGGAGAGGGAGGAGCACGGCAUGGAGGACUUCAUGCAGGACAGGUACAUGUUUCUUCUCCUUUGGGCCUCACAGGGCAACACAGGCCCUGCUGCCUUCUGGCUGCUCUUCUACCUCAUGAAGCACCCAGACGCCAUGAAGGCCGUGCAGGGGGAAGUGGAGGAGGUGCUUAAGGAGACGGGCCAGGAGGUGAAGCACGAAGGCCCUUUCAUCAACCUGACCCAGGACAUGCUGCAAAAGACGCCCAUCCUGGACAGCGCCGUGGAGGAGACCCUCCGCCUCACCUCCGCCCCCGUCCUCACCAGGGCCGUGCUCCAGGACAUGUCCCUCAAGAUGGCAGAUGGAAACGAGUACCGCAUCAGAGAAGGAGACAGAGUAGCCCUGUUUCCUUACACUGCCGUCCAGAUGGACCCGGAGGUCCACCCGGACCCACUCACCUACAAGUAUGAUCGCUUCCUGACAGCAGAUGGGGGUAAAAAGACAGACUUUUACAAAGGUGGGAAAAAAAUUAAAUACUACAACAUGCCGUGGGGUGCUGGGAUCACUAUGUGCCCAGGACGCUUCUUUGCCACCAAUGAGCUGAAGCAGUUUGUCUUCCUCAUGCUCACAUACUUUGACUUUGAGCUCAAGAACCCAGAUGAAAAGAUACCUGAUAUUGACACCAAGCGCUGGGGCUUUGGGUCCAUGCAUCCAACCAGAGACAUCCAGUUUAGAUACAGACUCAGGUUUUAAAAAUGGUUGACUGACACAAACCAGCCUUUGACAACAUUUUGACAACUGUUAAUCUGAUGAUGAUUAUUAUAAACGAUGUGCCUAAACAUUAAUUUAUCUAGAGUACAUAGUACAGUAAAAUGUGUUACAGUAUUACAAUAACUGGAUAUAAUUGCUGUGUUAAUUUAGAUUAAAAAUAAUUUACCUGUUC